AAUGAGAAGAAGUAAAAAUAAACGGAACACAGAAGUUAAGCAAAAAGAUACUAAUAAAGAUGAUAGUUUUGCUUUACAAGCCCGUCAAAGCUCUAUGAAAGUCAAUUUAAGUUAUGUAUCUAAUUUAUCUGAUUCUGAACACAGUUCAUUAAAAAGAUUAAGCAAAAAAGAACAACAACUUAAUAAAAGUUGUAUGAGAUUGAAAGAUGCUAUUAUGAAUAAAACUAAAGUAUUAUUUGAUAAUCAAAAUGAACUUGGUAUAAAAACAACAGAAGUUUUGUCAACAGGAUGUACUUUGCCUAUUAAUGAAAUAAAUGGUGUAAAUGUUAAAAAAUCACCAAGUAUUAAAGUUAACAUUGGAAAAAAUGAUCAAAUUGUUAUGUCAGGUGAUGGAAAAAAAAGAAAUCCUGUUCAAGUGAAUUCUAUGUUAAACUGUUCCAGAAACAGUGGAUAUAUUUCUUCAGAAACAAUGAAUGAAGAAAAUAUGUUCCUUAAUCAGAGUAUAGUUAGUACACCAAAGAAAUCAAGGACUGAGAGAUAUAUAAAUGGCAAUCAAAUCUAUGAUAAGAUAUCUCCGACAGUAUUAAAGAAUCCAGUUACUAGAUUAUUUAGUGAUAAUAAUAAUUCAAAUAAAAGUAAUAUGUGUAGAAUUUCAAAUGAACUAUACUGUCAAAGUCCUAUUUUAAAUCAAGCUAUCAGAAAAACUAAAGCUUCUCGUAUAUCUUUGAAAAAUAAAUUUAAUUAUAUUAAACAAAAAGAAAAUAAAAUACCAAAUCAUACAGAAAACAAGAUUAGUAAAAAUAACAAUAAAGUUUUAGAAGAAAAUGAUUCAAAAAAGGUAUCAAAUUUUAAUUCAUCAGAUAUACAUAUUCAGAAUGCUUCUGAUGAAUUUUUUAAUCAAAAAGAAAGAAGCAAAAAAUUAGUCAUUAAUGAUGAAUCUCUAAAUGAAAUGCGGGAUAACAUAAAAUUUAAUAAAAUAUUUAAUAUUAAACCAAAAAAUAAAAAAGUAACCAGCAAGCGUAAACUUUAUCCAUUACAAGAAAAUUCUGGAUUUAUUUCAUUUACUCCAACAGAUAUAACAGAAUUAUCACAAGAAAAAGAAUCUCAACAUAUAGUAAUAAAAAAUCGAAAAAUUACACAAAAGAAACAACAAAAUAAAUUAAAAUACAAAAGUAAGGACACUAUUAAUAUAAGAAAAUCAUUAGAAAAUGAAAUUAUGUUACAAAAAAUCGAAAAAAGGAAAAGGAAGAAUAGAAAAAUUAUAAGCAAGAAAAUCAUUGUUAAGAAAGUAACAAAUUUAACUUUAUUAGACAAUAUGAUGCCUAAUGAGAAAAAAGUAUCACAAAGAUUAAGCGACCGAAAUUCUUUAAAAGAAUUUGAUUUAAAAAGUAUAAGGUAUCAAAGAAAAGAAAAUUUUUAUAAAAAUCAAAAAAUUAUUAUUGUUGUAACAGGAUUGUCCAAAGAAGAAAGAGAUUUAGUAAGAUCUGCAAUUAAAACUUUGGGAUCUGCUUCUUUAGAAAUAAAUGUGACUUCUAGAACAACCCAUGUUAUUAGCUCAGGUGUUCGAACAAUAAAUAUGUUGAAAGGUAUUAUAAGAGGUUGUUGGCUAUUGAGUUUUGAAUGGGCUCUAAAAUCACUUGAAAAUGAACAGUGGUUAGAUCCUAGCCCUUUUGAGAUGAUUCAUUUUGCUAAAACAGUUCAGGAAAAUCGGCGUGAUCGACAAUUAUUUGGAAAAGCAUAUGUGCCAGAAUUAUUUGUUACGUGCGGUAUGAUUUAUAUUGAAAAUGGCACAUCACCACCUACUUCAUCUUUGAAAGAAUUGAUUAAAAUAGCAGGAGGGAGAAUUACAGAGGAUCUAAAUCGAGCUGAUAUUAUAAUAGGGUUAGAAGGAUUAAGAGAAAUUUGGAUUUUAGAUUCCAUAACAACCGGUGAAGUUCAAUCUUUAGAACAAUAUAAGAGAAACUAAAAGAUUUUCUUUAAAUUACAGAUAUAAAAUAAAAUUAAAGUAGUAUACAUA